AUGGCCGCGAAAUCGGAUGGUGCAGCCGUCUCUUUACAGAAUGAAAUCCCUCCCGUGUGCCUGCCGAGUCCCGAGCAACGUUCGCCACAGUACCGCCCUGCCACUAAGCAGUACUCGCUGCUGGACUGCUGUUGGACACUCUGUGCCCUCUUAGUCUUUUUCUCGGACGGGGCCUCAGACCUGUGGCUGGCUGCGGACUACUACCUCAGGCCGAACUACUGGUGGUUCGCUCUGACGCUUGUCUUCGUGGUGGUUCCGUCCGUGGUAGUCCAGGUGCUAAGUUUUAGAUGGUUCGCCUACGAUUACUCGGACUCUAAUGGAACUGGUACGGCGGCUGCGGCUGUGGUGGCAGCCUCCGGUGCAGAGAGCCAUUUCAGCACCAAGGGCAGCGAUCAGCGGGGCGCUGGCCGCUCCACAUCGGUGGGAGCUCUGCCUGCCACGGGCACCCGGAGCGGCACCCAGAGGUGCUGCAGAGCCUGUAUGUGGCUCUUCCAGAUCAUCGUGCAUAUCCUCCAGCUGGCUCAGGUCUGGAGGUAUGUCCAUGCCUUGUAUCUGGGUGCACAGAGUCGUUGGCAUGGGGACCAUGUGCACCAACACUUUUACUGGCGUAUGAUGUUCGAGAGUGCUGACAUCAGCAUGCUGCGUUUACUGGAGACCUUCCUGAAGAGUGCCCCCCAGCUUGUCCUUCAGCUCUGCAUCAUGGUCCAGGCCAGAGAGGUCCUGCCUCUACAAGGUCUGUGUGCCUCUGCCUCGCUGGUCUCUCUGGCCUGGAUGAUUGCAUCCUAUCAGAAAGCCCUUCGUGAUUCACGCGACGAUAAGCUGCCCAUGUCCUACAAGGCUGUGGUGGUGCAGAUGCUGUGGCACCUGUUCACAGUGGGGGCACGCGCCAUGGCUUUUGCUCUUUUUGCUUCCAUCUUCCAGCUCUACUUUGGCAUCUUCAUAGUGGCCCACUGGUGUGCCAUGACUUUCUGGAUCAUCCAGGGCGAGACGGACUUCUGCAUGUCUAAGUGGGAGGAGAUUAUCUACAACAUGAUGGUGGGCAUUGUCUAUGUAUUCUGCUGGUUUAGCGUGCGUGAGGGGCCAACACGAUGCCGUCUACUGCUGUAUAGCUUCAUAGUGCUGGCAGAAAACGUGGCCCUCACGGCAGCUUGGUACUUGUACCGUGACUCACGUACCUCCGACUUCUAUGCAGUCGUGAUUGUGUGCGUGGUAGCAUGUAGCUACGCUCUGGGUACAUUCUUCAUGUUUGUCUACUACUGUCUGUUGCACCCUGACGGUCCUGUGUCUUCAUCACAGUGGGGUUGUUGUGUGGAGGACAUGGGUGUUGAACCUUGUGUCUCCUCCCCAACCUCUGUACCGCCUCCAGAUUUGGUUAGCAGUCCUCCCAGGACUCUACAGAGGACUAAAGGGACAGAUCGGGACCUGGGAUCAGGUGGGGAUGGUGGAGAUGUUUUUCAGGUACGUCCCCCUGCAUGUUCUCGGACACCUGCAUCUCGCCUCACUCCAAGGACAGAGGGGCCAGUCAUUCGCAUCGACCUACCCAGGAAGAAGUACCCUGCCUGGGAUGCUCACUUUAUAGAUCGCAGGCUGCGCAAGACCAUCUUAGUGCUGGAGAGUGCAGCUCCUGUCACACCCAGAAUUCAGUAUCGGUGCCUGGGAACGCCAAAGGAAGUAAUGGAGUAUGAGACAACAGUGUGA